AUGGCCACACAACAGUUUCACUUGCUUGGAGAGUCACCAUCAACAGCCAUUGAUAUUCCGGUUAGCCAGAAUCUGGAUGCUGACGGACUAAAACAUCUUAUUGCUUCUUAUUUUGCUAUUGUCGAACCCAGUGGAAUUGGAUUCCAGGGGCAGAGCAGCGUACUCCUAGAUGUCGCAGAUGUCAUUUCUGCGACCGGACCAGUCGCUAUUUCUGUUGACGGACGUGCCGUUCGCGAUCCUCCAGGGCCAAGAGGCUUGCCCUACGUUGGAAACUUUUUCGAGGUCUACCCAGAUCAUCUCGGCAACCACCAGCGCCUCUUUGAAUAUUACGGCCCAGUAAUAAAGACUAACAACAUGGGACGUGUCACAUACCACACAAACGACCCCAAGAUUGCGGCCAUUGCCUUCGUCGAGUCCGACUUCUUUACCAAGAAGAUCAAUGCAGCCCACCCACUUUACGCAAUAAAAGCACCAUCUGCUGGAAUAUUCCUCGGCGACACUGACACGCCGGAAUGGAGAGUGGCUCACAAGUUCCUACCUCCAGCCCUUGGUCCCAAGGCGGUCCGACACUACGCACCAACGAUGCAAAAGACUGUUGAAGACGCUUUCAAGGUGUUUGAUGCGCUGGAUGAACAGAAAGAAGCGUGGAAUGUCUACCAAUACAUGUUAAAGCUUGGCUCACAGGCUGUUGUCGACGAGUCUAUCCAAAACGCUGCCAGAGGCGGAGUGGAAGACCUCCCACUUCAAGAUGCUGCACUGAAGGCGGCGAACGUGGUCGAUUACUCGAUCCGUGCCAUCGACAACAAAGGUGAAAAGUUGCCCAAGACUAGUCUAGUUUGGGCAUUGGUUGUGGCUACUGGCGCUGGAUUCACCACUACUAGUUCCUUGCUGUCAUGGCUCAUCUAUGGUUUGGUCACCUACCCAAAUAUGCAAGAGAGACUCCUCCAGGAACUGGUCGAUAACGAAUUUGACGAUAAUACCACUAUGACUGCCGAAUACACGGAGCGCUUAGUCUUCCUGGACAAGUAUAUAAAGGAGAUGCAGCGCCGACAUAACCCAUCAUAUCAACCUGGACGCACUGCCAAAGUCGACCUUAUCUUGCCUGGAGGAUACAAGCUCCCCAAAGAAGCCGUCAUAAUCCCCGCUAUACACCAUAUUCACAAUAAUCCUGAUUUAUGGGACAACCCAUAUAAAUUUGACCCUGAUAGGUGGGAUACGGAUAAGGUGAAGAAUCGGCACAAGGCGGCGUAUGUGCCGUUUGCCACCGGUCAAAGAAUGUGUAUUGGAUUCAACUUCGCGCUACAAGAGGUUAAGGUCUUCUUGCCAAAGCUGAUUUACCGGUACAAGUUCUCACGUGAGGGGGACGGGACGGUCGAGUACGACCCCAUGUUCCAGCUUAUCAGACCGAAUAACUUGUACGUUCGCGCGGAAAGGCGCGUGAAGUGGCCUCCCAAAUCGCAACCUGCUAGUACCAAAGUCGCUGCCUAA